AUGGCGUCUACCUCUUCUCCAGUUGAAGAUAUGUCUUCAGACGUGGAGUUGCAGAGCUGCAAUGUACAAGAUCGACAAAGGAUGAUUUACGAUCCGGUCACAGCCUCGGAGAACAUGGCCUCAAAUCAAAACUUACGAUUAUCUGAAUAUAUAGUCAAGCUACUAUCACUUCAAAGGCUUAGCGAACUAUAUAAACAUGUGUUUCGGAGCUGGUUUACUCUUAAUUCCCUUGCUUCUAGAAGGAUCUCGGCAGUAUUAGCGCGAUGCGAAUUAUUGACGGCAACGAACAUCUCAGGAUCAUGGCAUUUAGUGUAUACAUGCUUCGGAUCUUCACUGUGUGCACGAAGCAAUGCGGAACUCAAAGAUUCGAGGAAGGAAAAGUCGCUUGGAUCGUCACGCCACAAUUGUACAGCACCCACGCGGCAUCAUCCUAUCCUUUAUGGUGUCAUAUUUUAUCACCUCCUAUCAUCUUCGAAGAUUCUCUGCGUGGCUUCAACGUCGCAGUAUCCAAAAUCUUCAGUGAGGCUGUACAGAGGCAGACAGCAUAAGAAGGAAAACACGAGUUAG